GAUUCAAACCUAUCCACUGAGGUCACUGCCAGAAUCACUCCUUCCUUCUACAACGCUCUGCUGGUCCCUGUAGUUUGACUGAGACAGCCAGGGACAUAUCCCAACAAUGAAUGAUGAUGUAUACCAGUACAACCUCUUCUGGGAGCUUCUCAAUAACUCCUAUAUAACUCUUAAAGAUGCUAACUAUGUGGUCAACGAUUCUGUCCCGCUCUGCUCAAAAGAAGAUGUCAACAGGUUUGGUGCAAGUUUCAUCCCUAUUUUCUACUAUGUCAACUUCCUGUUGAGUUAUCUUGGAAAUGGACUUGUCCUGGUCAUCAUCUACAAGUAUGAGAAACUCAACACAGUCACAAACAUCUUCCUCCUGAAUAUGGUCCUCUCCAACCUUCUCUUUGCCUCCAGUCUUCCCUUCUGGGCCAUAUACCAUCAGUCUGAGUGGAUUUUUGGUACGGCUCUUUGUAAGAUGGUCAGCAGCGCCUACUUCAUCGGCUUCUACAGCUCCAUCCUCUUCAUCACACUCAUGACGUUUGACCGAUACCUUGCGGUGGUGCAUGCAGUGGCAGCAACCAGGAACAGGAAGAAGUGCUAUGCCAUCAGUGCGUCAGUGACAGUUUGGUGCAUCAGUAUUGUAGCAAGUGUGAAAGAGCUGGUUCUGCAGAACGUAUGGAAGAGUCCUGAUAAUGGACUAAUGUGUGAGGAAUCAGGAUAUCCUGAGAGCACUAUGGAGCGCUGGCGCCUGGUCAGUUAUUAUCAACAGUUCCUGCUGUUCUUCCUCCUCCCUCUGUUCAUGGUGAUGUUCUGCUACAUUAGUAUCGCUGUCCGCAUCCUGUCCACACGCAUGAAGGAGAAGUGCCGAACCAUCAAGCUGAUUUUUGUCAUCAUCUUCACCUUCUUCGCCUGCUGGACACCCUACAAUGUCGUCAUCCUGCUUCGAGCUAUUCAGAUGAGAAACCCAACAGAGAACGGCUGUUCUGACAGCCUGGACUAUGCUCUAUAUGUGACCCGAAACAUGGCCUACCUGUACAGCUGCUUUAGUCCUGUCAUUUAUACUUUUAUGGGCAAAAAGUUCCAGAGCCACUUCGAGAGGCUUGUAGCAAAAAACCUUCCCUGUCUGAAGAUAGACAUUAGCUCAAUCAGCCAAAGUACUAGAACCACAUCACAAAGGACACCACACUCUGCUUAUGAGUACUAGACGGACAGACACACCAGGAUCCACAGAAACCGUCUGACUGAAACACAGGAAUUUACAAGUGAUUCAAGACCCUGUAAAGUGAAAAUAGAUCUGUAUUUAGGUUUGUUGUUUGAUAGGUCACUGUGUUAUGAACCCCCAGGUCAAAUUUCAGUAUGAAGUAUGAAUAAGCUGAAGCCACGCCCACUCAGGAGAAAUGCGAACCUCUCAGAUUAAAAGAAAAAAGUUACAAUCUGAAUGUUGACCUCAUGAUCAGAGCAGCUGCCUGGAUCUGUGACGGAGAAGAGACAAAGUCUGUUUCCUGUCUCAAAUCUCUGUUAGGAUGCUUUAAAUCAGUGUUACUCAACCUGUGGCUCUGGGGCCACUUUUUGUCCAUUUUUGCCCCUUUUCACCAUUUUUUG